AUGUCAUCAGAAUUGCGAAUGGACAUAAUUGACUUUGCAAUUCACCUCCCUUCGAAUGUAAACCCAUACAUCGCCUUGGCUGACCAUCUAACCAACGUGGAAAAGGUCACAGGGCUACCAGUCUGGGCCAUCGCCGUACAGAGCUUUACAAUUUUUUCGUAUGUUGGCGUGCUACUAGGGGCUAUAUGGCUCUUACGCGCGAGGUUUUUGACGAAAAAUUUUAAAUUUGUGUCAAUAUCAAAUCUUGGGCUGAUUGAGAUCGACCUGGUGAACACAUUAGCUCUUUUAGGUGUCGCAUAUGCUUCAGUAUCGAUUCCGGACCUCAUCUAUUGGCAACUGGUCCACACGGGGAGAUGUAGGGUCUAUGGCGCCGGAAUCUUGGUUAUGGGCGGUAAAUUCGUCCUCCUUUUGCACAUGGCAUUCUUUUCUGUGGGCAUGCGCAUGUAA